AUGGCGGCGCCGCUGUACCAGCCAUUCAUCGUUGCACCUCCAUUCACGUCCUGCGAGCAGUCUUACCUCGUCUUCGGUCAAGGGACUCCGCCGUACACGAUCAAUGUGAUUGCGACGGGAGACGUCAACGGGACGUCGCUGGAGCAGCUGCCGUUGCAGUUCAGCCCGGGAGUGUUUCGCUGGACUGCGGACUUCCUCCCAGGCGCGAACAUCACGUUCUCGCUGCAUGACGCUAAGGGCCAGCAGGCGUACAGCCAGUUCCGCGUCGUCCAGACUGGCUCAGGCGCCGUCUGCCCCAAGAACGACUACACCUCGAAGCACUCGAACGCCGGAGCCAUCGCCGGCGGCGUCGUCGGCGGUCUCGCCGUCAUCCUGCUCAUCCUCGCCCUCCUCUUCUUCCUCCGUCGUCGCCGCCAACGAGCCGUCAAUCGCACCGCCCUGCCCACAUCCGACGCCCUUGGCCGACGAGGCAGCAAGACGCCCUCACUCGACCCGGACGACCGCCCUCUCACCGAUGGUCCGGCAGACCUGAUGCGCGCCGGGACGUACAACCUCGGUUCCGUCCGCUUUACCGAACAGUCUCUUGAGCACUUGCGUGCGAUGGACCGUCCACCGGCGUACGAGCGCGCGAGAGACGCAGCUGCGGAUCCGCCUCCCCCACCGCCUGCGCUUGCGCUUGAGGGCGUCGUGACGGAGCGAAGGAGGUCGAGCGCCGAUGAUGAGAUCACCGAAGUCGCUGGGCGAUAG